CGGAUGACGAUGAGGAGCUGCGCGCGGCGAUCGUCAGGGCCCGCGAGCGGGUCGAGUCUUGCUCGCCAGGGACCACCCAUGCGGCGCCGCUGGAGAUCAUGGGGCCCGGCGGCGAGCUCAUGGAAAGGCCCGUGUUCUUCGCAGUGGCCGCGUGGGUUGCGGCCAAUUGCCUGCGCGGGAGGCAGUCCCCCGGAACACUGGCGGACCACAGGGUCUGGGUGCUGGCGGAGCCGGCCAUGAGCGCCGCGGUCGGGACUACGACCGAUCGCUCUGACACGCGCUUCGUCCCCGGGACGGCGUUGGUCGAUCUGCUCGUCUUCGACGGGGGUCUGCGCUGCGUGGGUGCACUGUUGGCCGAGGACAUUUCCGCGUUGCUGGCCACUCGAGCGGCCGCUCGGGGGGCGUUCCCUGACUGGCCCAUCGAGGGCCCAGCGUCGGCUUUGAUUGUGCGCAAGAGCAUGGGGCGCGCCAGCGGAGACUCGACGUUGCCGCUGCGAGAUUUUCUACACGCCAGGGCCAUAGGUGAGAGCAAUGGGGCCGCUCGUGAGUUGCGGCUGCCGCGCGAGAUCCAGUGCCGGGCGGCCGUUCAUGAUCAGGACCGCGCCUGCCUGUUCGCUGGGGUUGCGACCUCGGACAGCGUCGCGAGCAUCGCGCUGCCGCAGUUCGCGGCGCGGAAGAUCGAGGGGCAGCGGGGGGCCCAGAUGGGCCUCGGCCAGGGCUUCGGUAGGCCUCUGGAGGGCGAGGCCGCCGCGGGGCACGCGAAGAGCGGGCUGAAGCG